GCCAAUUAUCCUACAUACCUGUACGCCUUUGGAGUGUGGGAGGAAACUGAAGAUCUCGGGGAAAACCCACGCAGGUCAUGGGGAGAACAUACAAACUCCGUGCAGACAGCACCCAUAGUCUGGAUCGAACCCGGGUCUCUGGCGCUGCAUUCAUUAUAAGGCAGCAACUCUACCGCUGCGCCACCGUGCCGCACGUCUGGGCUGUAAUAUACCAUGGUUUACUUGCUAAUUUGUAUUUUCUUUCAAUAGCUGCGAGCUUUGGGCACAGUGGAGUUCCAGUACUGAGGGGCAGAGAGACUGAGAUUCACAUCACAUUGACUUUGGCAGAACACAUCAGAAAUGAGAUUAACAAUGAGCCGGGCUGAGACAGACGUAACUGAUGUAGACAAGACCCAAUGAAGAACAGAUGGAAAAUACCUUCAUGAUUUGAUGACAACGUUUUGGAAGACUAUUCAAUUCGAUACCCAAAGGUUUGAGUUUCAUGACUGUGCUUCACAAGGCAUUGAGUUAGUGCCAGUAUGUCCUUCUACACCUACACGGCAGGUAACCCACUUGCAGGACUGCAUGUUACACGCAGUACUCAACGUCUAUUUCAGCCCAACACGUCUGUUCUAUAUAUCCCACCUGUGUCUCGUACUCACGCUCCUCCGGUUUACGGAAGCCAGACAUUCAAUAAGAACAGUUUUGUUGCAGUGACAGCUAAGAAGAAGAACAUCCUCAUUGGUUUAGCGGUUGCUGGAGCUCUCUUCUUCUUUGGAAUCCUGGCGGCCACUGUUUGGUACUUCAUUUCGACCAAAAACUGUAUACCCUGUGGAACUUCGAGUGGAUGUGUAAGCCCAUCACAGUGGUGCGAUGGGAUACCUCAGUGUCAAAAUGGCGAGGAUGAAGACUGCUUUCACUUUGCGAGAUCGGAUUUUGUGCUUUACGCCAACCAUAUAGAUUACGGCUGGAAACCAGUGUGCCUUGAUAACUGGAGCACCAAAGAUGCAAAACAAGUCUGCAGGAAGAUGGGAUUCCCCAGAAAGACGUAUUCAAACUAUGGAUCAGCCUCGGCGAACACAAUCAAGGAUACUGAUUUCUUGAUUCUGAAUGAGACUAUUAAAAAACGAAACAUCCACCAUAAAUUAACCAUCAGCAAGAUUUGUGAAUCUGGAUCGGUGGUCACAUUACGCUGUAUAGCUUGCGGAAUCCGCCAGCCCUUUCCAAACGCCACGGGACGAAUAGUCGGAGGGAAUCCAGCACUUGAAGGCGAGUUCCCAUGGCAGGUCAGCCUCCAAGUGAGGGGCAAGCACCUUUGUGGUGGCUCCAUCAUCACGCCCAACUGGGUCGUUACAGCAGCUCACUGUGGAGAAAGGCAAGUCAAGUCACCACCUUCCCUUCGCAAGCCAUUCUGCAGGAUCAGUUCUCCAGUCCACUGGCGUGUAAUGGUUGGCCAUUUAUAUUUAAGAGAGGGAGCCGCACUAACUGUACACAAGAUAGACAAAUUUAUCAAACAUGAACUAUUUAACUCGGAGACCAAAGAUUUUGAUGUAGCCCUCAUGAAGCUUAUAUCUCCUUUAGAAUUUUCAGAAACAAUAAACCCAAUCUGUUUGCCGAAUCAUCGCCAAGUGUUUAGUUCGGGUACUUAUAGCUGGGUUUCUGGCUGGGGAGACACAAAGGAAGGAGGUAAGAUAUCUGAAGUUUUACGGAAGGUCGCGAUGCCACUGAUUGACACCCAAAUAUGUCGCAACCAUUACUAUUCGGAACUCUUCCCCCGUAUGAUCUGUGCUGGUUUCCAUGAAGGUGGAUUUGAUGCGUGUCAGGGUGACAGUGGUGGGCCCCUAGCUGUCAACCAGAACUCCCUCUGGUGGUUAGUAGGUACUACAAGCUGGGGCUACGGAUGUGGAAGAGCUGGGAAACCAGGGGUAUACACCAAAAUGUCACUGAUGGCCGACUGGAUUUACCUGCAGAUGAAGAAGCAACGAUGACGACGGGGAUUUUUGGGGACAUAUCUCGGACAUGCAAGGCACGCAACAAAUCCCCCCCGCUUCCCUCAUGACACACGCUCUUCUGUCAGUGGUUGGGCAGAUUCACCAAACACAAGCCAAAUUGCAGUGCCAAGCUGGAGGAUUUUCCUAAGAGUAAACCAGAAUCUUCACAUUUACCCGAGACGAUCAAAUUCCAAGUGGCGUGCCAUGCUGAGAGAAUCAAUGACAUUCAUCUGUUUAAAGUGAUAGUGUGCAUCUUGCAAUGCCUCAUGACCAUUCAGUGGCUAGUUUAGUCUAAUAAGUCUUAGGUCAAACUCAAAGUGCAUGGGAUUGAACAAGGAAGAAACAAAGCUUGAAAUAUGGAGUGCCCUGUGGUCUAAAUUGUUGCUGUCUGAUUAAGUUUCUUUAUCUGUCUGUAGGAAGUGUUGGCUGGUUGCAAAAUAAUACUGUAUGUCAAUGACCAGGUAAAUGACGUCCUGUGAACCAAUGUUAAUUAUUCUUGACUUUUGUUCUUAAGUUUACUUCUAUCCUUCGUGUAUUUUUCGUUACCUGGUGCAAAACGAUUGCCCUGAUGAAAUUUACAAAUUUUAAACAAACCCGUGACUUUUAAGAAAAUCCAUGGAACAUUUUAAAUGUGAAGGCCUUUGGGGAAAUCUGCUGCCCAUUUACUUUCCUUUUGAUGGUGGAUGCACUGGAGGUUUUCUUCAUAUUGCUGCCGCCUCUGUGCUUUCUAUUGCCAGAGAAAGCUGGUCUUACAGGCAGUCCAACUGGUAAGACAUUCACUUCUGAAUCAAUCAUCUGUAAUUUCAAAUCCUAUUAGAUGCCUGAAAACCAUGUUGUAGCAAUGUUAUACUUGGCACCUUUUUGAUGUUGAACUAACAUCUCAUUUGAUCUGUGUACGAAGGAACUGCAGGUGGUGGUUUAAACCUAAGAUAAGACAAAAAUGCUGGAGUAACUCAGCGGGCCAGGCAGCAUCUCUGGAGAGAAGGAAUGGGUGACAUUUCGGGUUGAGACCUUUUUACAGACUUCCAGCAUUUAGUGUCUAUCCCAUUUUAUCUCUCAGAUUGGCAUCCCAGAACACAAUUUUAAAUGAAAUAAAAGGGGCAAUAUCCUGUUGUUCCAACUGAAAUUUACCUCAAAACUCACUUCACAGAAUCACAGUGGCACAAUGCUAGUGUUGCUGUCUUACAGUGCCAGAGACCCGGGUUCAACCCUGACCUCGGGUGCUGUUUGUACUGACUUUGGACGUACUCCCAGUGACCAUCAGCUCCUCUACUUCCUGAGAAGAUUACGGAGAGUCGGUUUGUCAAGGAAGACUCUCUCUAACUUCUACAGGUGCACAGUAGAGAGCAUGCUGACCGGUUGCAUCAUGGCUUGGUUCGGCAAUUUGAGCUCCCUGGAGAGAAAAAGACUACAAAAAGUAGUAACCAUUGCCCAGUCCAUCUUCGGCUCUGACCUUCCUUCCAUCGAGGGGAUUUAUCGCAGUCGUUGCCUCAAAAAGGCUGGCAGUAUCAUUAAAGAGCCACACCAUCCUGGCCACACACUCAUCUCCCUGCUACCUUCAGGGAGAAGGUACAGGAGCCUGAAGAUUGCAACAACCAGGUUCAGGAAUAGCUACUUCCUCACAUCCAUCAGGCUAUUAAACCUGGCUCGGACAAAACUCUGAUUAUUAAUAACCCAUUUUCUGUUAUUUGCACUUUAUCAGUUUAUUUAUUCAUGUGUGU